GCCUGGGAUCGAUUAUGAUGAGACAUAUUCCCCUAUCAUGGAUGCAAUUACUUUCAGAUACUUGAUGAGUUUAGCUGUCCAUGAAAAUCUUGAGAUGCGUCUCAUGGACGUUGUAACUGCUUAUUUGUAUGGAUCAUUAGAAACCGACAUAUACAUGAAAAUCCCAGAAGGAAUCAGAAUGCCCGAAGCACUGAACUCCAAACCUAAAGAGUUAUGUGCGUUAAAGUUGCAAAGAUCUUUAUAUGGCUUGAAACAAUCCGGGCGUAUGUGGUAUAAUUGUUUGAGCGAACAAUUAUUAAAAAGGGGAUACUUAAAUGAUCAAAUAUGUCCGUGUGUCUUUAUAAAGAAAUCACAUAAUGGAGUUGUGAUAGUAGCUGUCUAUGUUGAUGACCUUAAUAUUAUUGGGACAGCAAAUGAAAUACAAGAAGCAGUUACAUUUUUGAAAGGCGAAUUUGAAAUGAAAGAUCUCGGAAAAACCAAAUAUUGCCUUGGCUUACAGAUAGAGAGAGUACAAAAUGGGAUAUUUGUCCAUCAAUCUAACUAUACUAAAAGAGUACUGAAACGUUUUAAUAUGGACAAAGCUAAUCCCCUUAGUACUCCGAUGGUUAACCGGACAUUGGAUGUUGAAAAGGAUCCAUUUCGACCAUGUGAAGAAAAUGAAGAAGUACUUGGUCUUGAGGAAGGUGAGCUGGAACCUGAUCCUCAGCCGCAAGCGCCAUUGGCUGAGGAUAAAGCUGCUGUUGGAAGGAGCUCGCCCCAAAAGGAGGCGAAUGAUGGAUCUCAUUUUGAGGAUAGUGCUUUGCGAGAAAGGGAGAGCUUCUUGCCUGUUGAUAUGGGGGAUGCAAGUAAAGGGAGUAGCUGGGAGGAACAAGCAGAGUGUGAAGUAUCUAAGGAUGUUGUGGGAAAAAAUAGUAACUUGCCAGCUUUUCAGGAUGCGUCAUUCAAAAAGGGAGGUGGAAGUGGAGACGAGAACGAUAUCACUGAUGAAAAUGGGGGUGAAAACAAUGUUGUUGAGGAUAUAAUUGGAGGCUCUUUGGAGGAGGAUGCGGACAGUACAUGUGGUGGCAAGUUAUCCAUACAAGAGCAAGAGGAAGAAAGAGGUGUUGAUAUCAAAAUGAAAGUGAAUGGGAUCAUUGAGGCUGGAAAUGGGGAAAUAACAUCUGGAAGCGGGCUUCCAUUUGCAGAGAAAACGACCCUGAGUUCGAAGGAUAAGGGCAAAGGCGUUGCUUUAUUGCCUUUCGGCAGUGUUCCCUUCACAGAAUUGGCUUUGGAUGCCAAAAGUAAAGCAUUGGAUCGUCGAACAACUGCCAACGUGGAAAGUGAAGGGCCGAGUGCCAGGGGAUUUCAAUUUUUCGCUGCAGAUCCAGUUAACAAGACAGAGGAAGUGGAGCAAGCAACUUAUAACAAGCAAAAAGAUGAUAAGUUACCGCUUGAACUUUCACUUAGCUUGCCAAAUGUCUUAUUGCCUAUCGGCGCUCAGGAUAGAGGACCGACUCCUGGUUCUCCAAGCCAUGGAAGAAGUAUUCACUCCUUUGCUAGCUCAUUUCGGACAAAUUCUGAUGGAUUUACUGCAUCAAUGUCGUUUUCUGGUUCCCAGCAUUUCAGUCACAAUCCCAGCUGUUCCCUGACUCAUAAUGCACUUGAUUUUGAACAAUCUGUCAAAAGCAAACCAUUGUUUCAAGGGGUGGAUUGGAAAGCUUUGGCGGAAGAGAGUAAGAGUAAAGAGGCCCCAGCUCAUCAGGGAAUGUCAUCACGGGAAAAUGGCUUCAUUCAGCAGUCUCAAUCGUCUCAAGGCAAGUCCAGUGGACUAGCUCCAGUGCAGAAUGCAAGAGGUACAGGAAGCAGCUCCAAACUACCAAUUGCGCUGGAAAGGCAAUUAAGUUUGCAUACACAUUUAUUGGGAACACGGAAUUUUGGCUCCUGCGAAAAUGUACUCGAGCAUUGCACAGAGAGGAGACAAUUGAUGCUGGAGAAAAAUUCUGGUAGUUUACACCGGCUCAAUGGCCCAGAUGAGAAAGAACAGUCAAUGGUGAUUGGAUCCGACUUUGCCGAAUCAAUUGUUACUAUGAUAGUUUCCGAACCUCUACAUGUAUUAGCUAAGAGGUUUAGUGAUAUGACUGGGAAACAAAAGUCAUGUGUCAAAGAAUUUGUCCUCGACAUGAUUUCUGACCCCACAAAGCAAUGGCAGCUGAGUGCUCUUCAGAAGGCUUUGCAGAAGAGGCCGGAUGUGACCUUGGAUAUGCUACUUAAUGCGCAUAACACUCAACUGGAGAUCUUGGUUGCACUGAAAACGGGUCUUCGGGAAUUUCUUUUACAGACACAUGACAUCCCGAUUUCUGAUCUAGCUGAGAUAUUUCUGAAUAUGAGAUGCAGAAAUCUCAACUGCAAGAGUGUCCUGCCUGUAGAUGAAUGUGACUGCAAGAUUUGCUCUCGGAGGAGUGAUUUUUGCCGGGAAUGCAUGUGUCUUGUGUGUUCAAAGUUCGACAUGGCUUCGAACACAUGUAGUUGGGUCGGCUGUGAUGUAUGCUUGCAUUGGUGCCACGCGGAUUGUGGGUUGCGAGAAUCUCAUAUUAGAAAUGGUAUAAGUGCAGCGGGUCUGCAUGGCACAAUGGAAAUGCAGUUCUAUUGUGUUGCCUGCGGUCAUCCAUCUGAGAUGUUUGGUUUCGUGAAGGAAGUUUUCCAGAACUUUGUGAAGGAUUGGACUGCCGAAAACCUUGCUAGGGAACUUGAAUAUGUGAGAAGGAUAUUUUUUGCGAGUGGGGACAUGAGAGGGAAACAGCUGCAUGAUACUGCAGUGAGCAUGCUGUCCAAAUUGGCUAAUAGAUCAGAUCUUCUGGACGUGCAGAAUCGUAUCGUGAAUUUUUUCAAUGAAACCAAAUUCGACAGCCCUGCCAACAUCACAUCAAUUGAAUCCCAUAAGGAGCUGUCGACUAGAAACCAAGAAGCCAGUAACGGCAUUACCAGGCCUGACCUAGGGCCCGGGUGGUUGAAGCCCGUCUAUCCAGAUAAGCCUCCACAUUUCGAAAGCUCCUUCAAAUUAGUCCCUGAGAUCGAUAUAAGCAGGAAUGAUAAAUACGAAACGAACUUGGAUCUUUCAAGAACUUCUCAAAAAGAACCCAUAUUUGACGAACUGGAAAGCAUCGUGAGAAUCAAACAUGCAGAGGCCAAGAUGUUCAGAACGCGUGCAGAGGACGCAAGAAAGGAGUCCGAGGCCCUUAAGCGCAUUGUGGUUAGUAAAAGUGAAAGGAUCGAGGAGGAGUACAAAAGCCGGAUCACUAAGCUGCGUUUGGCAGAGGCCGAAGAAAUGCAAAAACAGAAAUUAGAGGAGCUUCAGGCUCAUGAGCAGGCGUAUCAAGAGUAUGUCAACAUGAAGAUGAGGAUGGAGACGGAUAUUAAGGAUCUCCUGUUGAAAAUGGAGGCAACAAGGAGCAACCUCUCUGCAUGA